GGUUCCUGUUUGUCGCACGGUUUUUGAAAGGAUUCACAGGAAAACAUGAAUAAUUGAUGUCUCACUCAAGACGCAGAUUUAUCGAUCAGUCCGGUCGAAAAACGGGGUGGUUAGAGGCCGUUUGCCGCAAAGAAAUGAGUCCCAGUUCUGGGUUCGGGCGAGCGAACUUCACCCUCUUUCUGUCUCUGUGAUGCGGGAAAUUAUUAACGUUCAAGUUGGCCAGUGUGGAAACCAAAUUGGUUACAAGCUUUGGGAAAUUCUCUGCGCGGAACAUGGAAUAAACCAGGAGGGUAUUUAUGAUGGAAACUGCAAUUCCCAGUUGGAGAAAAUUGAUGUUUACUUUGCCGAGGGUGCCGGCAAUCGGUUUGUACCGCGUAGCGUCCUCGUCGACUUAGAGUCUGGCACGAUGGAUUCGCUCCGGUCCGCUUCGUUUGGAAAGGUCUUUCGACCCGAUAAUUUUGUUUUCGGCGAAAGUGGAGCAGGGAACAACUGGGCCAAAGGGUUUUACACAAAUGGAUGUAACCUUCUGGAGGAGGUCUUGGACGCGGUUAGAAAAGAAGCCGAGGCAUGUGACUCGAUCCAGGGCUUCCAGGUUGCGCAUUCUCUGGGAGGCGGUACGGGGUCUGGGCUCGGUACGCUGAUACUCUACCAUCUACAAGAGGAAUACCCCGACCGGAUUCUGAGUGCUGUCAGCGUUUUCCCGUCUCCGAAAGUUUCCGAGAUUGUCAUUGAACCUUACAACGCCACUUUAGCUGUUCAUCAGUUGAUCGAGACCACCGAUGAAGUGUUUUCGUUCGACAAUGAAGCGCUGUAUGAUAUUUGUUUUAGAACGCUUAAACUGGAUACUACCACGUAUUCGGAUUUGAAUCACAUUAUAUCCACCACCAUGAGCGGUGUGACUACUUGUCUUCGUUUUCCCGGACAGGUGGGUCGAGACUAAGUUCCAGGGGGAGUCUCUUAUUCUCAUCGUGCCACGCAGGACACCUGAGGUCAUACUUAGGCAGUGCUCCAGGGGGAGCACUCUAUUGUCAUAUGGAGGGAGAGAUGCAAACCACUGUAAUGAGGGGAAGGGUGCGAUUGGUAAAAGAAUAAGCUGCAUGCACUUUCAAUGUCCAAGUUAAUUACUGUAAUGACAACGGACAUAAGUGACUCAGCAAUUUCGCUCACGUUUUUUUUUAUUUCACAAUUGAUUCCUGCUUUAAAGACAGCCUACGUCACAGACAGCCUAAAUCGCCAGCAACGAGGGUUUUGUGACACGUCCGGCUGUGCGGCAGUGCGCAGGCUUGCUUUAGCGUGCAUUAUCGACUUAUGAUACACGUGGCAAGUUUGGACUGAGAGUAUCAAAGUAGUGUGAAUCACCUAAGGCGCCUUGAGGCAACUCUAGCUCAC